GGGGAAUGGUUUAUCCAUGUAAGCGAAAAAAGGAGAAUGGUCCGCUUUGUUUGAGGGUAGGGAGAGAGAGCAAAGAGAAGGUAGACAUUCUUGAAUUGAAUUAUGUGAGAGGAUAGAGAGGGAAAGCUGGUAAGAGAGAAGAGGGGAGAAGGAAACAGACCUUUCUUCUUCUUCAUCAUCUUUUUCUUCUUUUAUCUCUCUCUCUCUUUCUCGAUUCUCACAUUGUUCUUAAACUUUUACCAGCCCCCCCUCCCUCGAUCAUCGUUUCAAUUCCACCAUCUUGGGAAUCGUUGUUUUGCAUGUGAAACAGCACAGAAAGUUGUGUACAUAAAUAUAUAUAUAUAUAGGUUUGUAUAUAUAAUCGGCAGCUUGAGUUUCAUGCAUGACGCCGGAGAUGAUGAAUGGAAUUAACAGCAUGGAAUUGGCUCCUUCCUUGGACCCUCCCAAGAGGAGGCUUUAUCAAGUUUGGAGGGGUCGAAAUAAGUUCGUUUGUGGUGGGAGAUUGGUCUUUGGUCCUGAUGGAGCAUCGAUGAUUUUAUCUACUUCUCUAAUAGCAACCCCUGCAUUAAUAUUUUGUUUCAAAACACUUCUUAGGAUUUCAGAAGUAGAUCCAUUAUAUGGGCGUGCUAUUCCAACUGUGGGGUUUAUCCUCAUAAUUUUGGAUUUGAACUUUCUAUUCUUGACAUCCUCGAGCAAUCCAGGAAUAGUUCCUAGGAACUCGAGGCCACUUGAGGAUGAAAGCAUAAAAUCUUCGGAUUGGAUAAACAACUCAUAUUCUGAUAUAAAAUUACCAAGGACAAAGGAUGUAUUUGUCAAUGGCCGUACAGUUAAAGUGAAGUUCUGUGACACCUGUUUGCUAUACCGUCCACCACGUGCCUCUCAUUGUUCAGUUUGCAACAAUUGUGUUCAGAGGUUCGAUCAUCAUUGCCCAUGGGUUGGUCAAUGUAUUGGAGCUCGUAACUAUAGGUGCUUCAUCCUUUUCAUAACAACGUCAACAAUUUUGUGCGUAUAUGUCUUCACAUUUUCAUUGUUGCGCCUCCUUGAACAGCCGGGUAGCACAUGGAGUAAGAUGUCGGGGGAUGUUGUGUCACUCGUUUUAAUUGUAUACUGCUUCAUUGCUGUCUGGUUCGUUGGCGGGCUAAGCGUUUUACACUUUUACCUUAUGUGUACUAACCAGACUACAUAUGAAAACUUUCGAUACCGCUAUGACAAGAAGGAAAACCCAUUUAAUCGGGGGAUUGUGAAAAACCUCAAAGAAAUCUUAUUCUCAACGAUAGCACCAUCGUUGGUCAAUUUCCGAGAAUGGGUGGUCGUAGAAGAAGAUUCAGUGAUGGGUUCAUUUAGUCAUAAAUUUGGCUCGAUCAAUUCCAAUGGCAAGUUUGACCUAGAAGUGGAGAUAUUGGGCAAGGAUGGUAGUUUCUCGGUUCCAGAAAUUUUCCAGAGUUUGGAUUACAAUGGAAUCGAUCCGAAGAAAGACAAAGGUGCUGGACUCUUUGCAUUUGAUCCUUUUCUAUAUCCUCCUUCCAAAGGUGGCCAAGAUAGUAUUAUCGAAGGUGGCAAAACCGAGGACGGCAUGUUCUACAGAUCUUCACCAAUGAUACCUCCUCAUAAAUAACGGUCACAGGAAUGUCUACUAAGCAUGGAAACUAGCUGGAAUUUAUGGCCUAGCGAAUGCAGAAAGUUCCUCGAUUUGCUUGUCAUUGUCGUCAAUUAUGGAUCGGGAGAAUAUGGAUACGCGGAAGUGAUAUGGGCGUAUCGAAGACUGCCUUCUUCACAUCCAAUGGUUGCAGUGGGAAUUGGAACAAAAUGAGGCUGCAAUCUUGUAAAGUAUUAGAUGAGCAUCUUCGUUUUAAGUGGUUUUUAUCCCGUUUUGAAUUUCUUUUUUGAUUAUAUAUAUGUAAAUAUGUAAUGAAUAUGAAUAAUUUUUGGAUUGUGGGCAGGUAUUAGAGGGCUGGACUUGUAGUUUACUAAGAUUGUUGGUUGUGAGUUUCAUAGAUGUUUUUUUCCUUGAAAAGAACCCCACCAAAAAAAAAUGAAAAACCAAAACUGAGAGCAUAGCCUGUUGGAAUCAAAGCAGAAUUAGCUUUAUCAGAUAUUGAGGAAUGGGUUUCUGUGUUGAGUAAAAUUGCCAUUUUCAUCUUUUU